CGGGCAUGUGGCGGGCGGUGGCGGCGGGACGCCGGGUGUUGUGGGCCGUCUCCGCCGCGGCGGCGGGUGCCCUCCGCCCACAGCCGCCCCGCUGGGUGGCAGGGGCUCCCCGCCGUGGGUGCGCGCCGGUCCGGGGCGCGGCAGGCGGCGGCGGAGGAGGAGGAGCUGGGGUGCUGGGGGCGGUGGCGGAGCGGCCUCAGGUGGCAGAUACCGUGCUUCCCAAGUUCAACAUUGACUUUGUUGUAGCUCUGCUGAGGCAGGAGAAUGCUAAAGACAUGUGUGUCAUCCAGCUACCUCCAGAAGUCAAAUACUGUGAUUAUUUCAUAAUCGUCAGCGGAUCUUCACCACGACAUCUCCAUGCAAUGGCACAGUACAUGCUGAAAAUGUACAAGUAUUGCAAAGAAGAAAGCAGCCGUCAUACGCGGAUUGAAGGGAAAGAGACAGAUGACUGGCUGUGCAUUGAUUUUGGUAGCGUAGUGGUGCAUUUCAUGCUGCCAGAGGCACGAGAAGUUUAUGAAUUGGAGAAGCUAUGGACCCUUGGUUCCUACGAUGACCAGUUAGCACAGAUGACUCCACAGUCACUACCAGAAGACUUCGUCUUUAGACUGACUCCAGACCACAGCGAUCAUCUGGAGAAAGAACUUCAUACAGCUGUUGAGUGGAAAGAGAAAUGAGUGUGCUUGCACGGGUCUGAGAGGCACAUACAGACUUCAUUAGUGACUUAGCAGUCACUACACUUGAUCAGUACGAAACAGUGUUUAUUGGAUGUAGGUAGCUAAAGUUCUGAACAAGCUACAGAUAUGAUCACUCAUAGUAUCCUGGAGGUUGGAAAGGAAGCCUUGAUUCCAGCCAUAAAAUAUCAAAGAGGGAAUCCUAUCAUAAGGGAGCUUCCUGGGGGAGUCACUGUUGCAGUGGAAUUUGCAGUGAGAAGAGCAGGGCAAAGAGCUGCUUAAGCUCCUUACCCUGAAACUCAGGUUUAGCCUCUAGAGUAAUUGCUUUUCUUUGAAAGGCCUGCUUGUAGAAGCAAUGCAAGAAGACUUGAGGUUUGCAAGAUAAAACUAUGUGAAAUAGUACAGUUUAGAUGAGGCUUCUGGUAUUAAGCCAUUUGCUUCUGGUCAAGAUGAAGCAAGUCAUGCUCUGCUCUGGAAGAGAAGAAAGAGACUGCUGUUGCUGAGCACAUGAGCUGAGAGCAGCAGUGACAAAUGUGCCUUGAGUUAACAAAACAGUAAGUCAGUUUUUUCA